GUACCGAAAGACCGACUUUCGCGUGAUAGUCAACGGCCGCAUUCAACAAUCCGAAAUUGGUACUGAUGAGGAACAGGAAAGAGCUGUGAGGGCCGUGCUCAGACACCCAAACUUCCAGUCAGGCACACUUUACAACGACGUGGCAGUUUUGGUACUGGAAGAACCCUACAAUCUAACGGCUACGCCCACCAUCAACACCGUUUGCCUGCACCCCAAUGCCUCCUAUGUGGGCAAACGGUGUGUGGUGGCGGGAUGGGGCGAAGCCUCUAAAGGUUUGCCCAGUUCAACAGCCAGAACCUCCGUGCCUAUCCUGAGGAAAGUGGAGUUGCCCACCCACAGCCCCAACAAGUGCGAGGAAAUGUUGCAAAAAACCUACCUGGGCGCCAAGUACCAGCUUCAUGAGUCGUUCAUGUGCGCAGGAGGCGAAGCCGGCAAAGACGCCUGUCGAGGCGACGGAGGCAGCCCAUUGGUGUGCGCCACAGCCCCCAACGAGACUGCGCUCUAUCAGGCGGGCAUUGUAGCCUUCGGGGUUGGUUGUGGCAAAGAGGGCAUCCCGGGCGUGUACGCAGACGCAACUCACUUCUACCAAUGGAUAGUUGACACGUUGCAGAAACUCAACAUUACACUGUGAUUGUUUUCCAGUUACUAAGCAUUGCAUCAUCAGCACGCAUGGUCUGAGCCAAGCUAUUUAUUGGCAGUUACGUCAUUGUUUCAGGCGCUUUAUUGUUUCCAAUAUAUUUUGUUGAAUCUGA